UAACAAUAAACCAACACCCAAAGCCAAAUCUAAAAUCCUCACCUCAUUCUUCUCCUUCUCUGCCAUUGAUCCUUUCACAAACCAAAGGCAGCAGAAGCAGCAGCCAUGGCCAGUGCAACCUCCCCCAUUGCCAGCCAGCUCAGUUCCGCCUUUACUUCAUCGAACACUAGAGCUUUGAUCGCUCCCAAAGGCCUCUCCGUCUCGCCGCUCCGACGCAUACCUGCAAGAACACACUCCUUCACCAUCAGAGCCAUACAAGCUGAUAAGCCAACUUACCAAGUGAUUCAGCCCAUCAAUGGAGACCCCUUCAUUGGAAGCCUUGAGACUCCAGUAACCUCAAGCCCUCUGAUAGCCUGGUACCUCUCAAACCUCCCAGCUUACAGGACAGCAGUCAGUCCAUUGCUGAGGGGAAUUGAAGUCGGUUUGGCACAUGGUUUUUUUCUCGUCGGUCCGUUUGUUAAAGCUGGUCCUCUGAGGAACACAGCCUACGCCGGAGGAGCUGGCUCGCUGGCCGCUGGCGGCCUCAUUGUCAUUUUGAGCAUCUGCUUGACAAUGUAUGGAGUUGCAUCCUUCAAUGAAGGAGAGCCAUCCACUGCACCGUCGUUGACCUUGACCGGUCGGAAGAAGACCCCGGAUCAGCUGCAAACAGCUGACGGGUGGGCAAAAUUCUCUGGCGGGUUCUUCUUUGGCGGGAUCUCCGGCGUGAUCUGGGCGUACUUCCUCCUCUAUGUCUUGGACCUUCCUUACUUCGUCAAGUAGAUUUUGCAUCAUUUUUCUGUUUCUGCAAUGCAACUUCCAUGUCUGUGUUAAGGAAACAUAAAAUUGUAUAUUUCAUUUCAAACCUCUUUGUUAGAUCCUUUGUCAUUGCAUAUUGAUUUCCCUUUUGAAA